AUGAGCAACGACGCCCCACUCCCGACAACCAUCCCCGUCGUCAUUAUAGGCGGCGGACCCGUGGGCCUCGUCUCCAGCAUCCUCCUCUCUCAGUCCAAUAUCCCUCACAUCCUCCUAACCCGCCACGCCACAACCGCCAUCCACCCGAAAGCCGUCGGCCUCAACCAACGCACCAUCGAGACCUUCUCGCGCCUCGGUGACACCGUCCUCUCACAAGUCUACGCCGCCAGCGCCCCCACCUCCCGCAGCCAGCGCACCGCCUGGUACACGUCCCUCGGCCCUCAGGGCCGCGAGAUCUGCAGCCGGUAUGCCUGGGGCGGCGGAGACGCUGCCCAGGAGUACGAGCGGGCUAGUCCCUGUAGGUAUGUGCUGCUGCCCCAGGUGCGGCUAGAGCCGAUCCUGGCGGAGGCGGCGAAGAUGGGGAACCCUUCCGGGGUGAAGUUUGGGUGGGCGGUCACGAGUGUGCAGGAGCAGGAGCAGGAGCAGGAGGACGGAGGAGGUUCCCAUGUAUCAGUCAAAGCGGUGCAGCGCCAGACGGGCCAGGAAGUCACGAUCCGCGCACAGUACGUGAUCGGGGCGGACGGCGGGCGGUUCCUCGCGGAGCACUUGGGCGUCCAGUGGGAGGGGGAGCGGGAUAUCGUGCACAUGGUCAGCGCACACAUCCAGGCUCCCUUGUCGAAAUACCACCCGGACCCCAGCGCUUUUCUCAGCUGGUUCAUCAACCCGGAACUGGGCGGGAGUCUGAACACGGGAUACCUCUACCAUCUGGGGCCGUAUGUGGCCAAGGACGACGACGACGAUGCGCGGAAUAAUGCGUGGGCCACGCGCGAGGACGAGGAGCAGUGGAUGUUCGCGUGCGGCGUCAACCCCGACGAGCCCCGGAGGUGGACGUGGGAGGACGUCAAGCGGCGGAUGCACGCGGUGCUGCGGAUCCCGGAGCUGGAGAGGCGCGAGGAGGUGCAGGUCCUGACGCUGUCGCAUUGGCAGUGCCACGCGAUGGUGACGGAGCGGUACCGCAGCAAGCGAAAGCACGGCAGGGUGUUCCUCGUUGGGGACGCGGCGCAUCGGAUCCCGCCCUUUGGCGCCCUGGGGUUGAACACCGGCAUCGCGGACGCCGAGAACCUGGUCUGGAAGCUCGUCUGGUCGCUCAAACAUGAGACGGGGCAGAGGAAACGCCCGCUCGACGGACUGCUGGAUACGUACGAGGAAGAGAGCAAACCGAUCGGCGAGCGCGUCGCGCAGGGGAGUCUGCACAACAUGCGCAGCCACGCCGACGUGCUGGACCGCGCCAUCGGCAUCCACCCCGCCGCGAGCGUCGACGAGAACGUCAAGGCUAUGGAGACGUACCUCGACCAGACGGACCCGGCGGGGGAUGGGCAGCGGCGCGCUGUCACGCAGGCGCUGCACACGCUCGACCUAGAGUUUCAUGAGCAUGGCACCGAGGUCGGAUGGUUCUAUCCGAGCGUCGAUACCGAGGGACAGGGCGCGCGCACGAACCACGACGGGCAGGUCAGCGCGGAGGGGGAGUACGAUGUUAGGGUGUAUCAUGCGAGCACGAUACCGGGCCAUCACUGUCCGCACGCGUGGCUUGAGGACGGGGAGGGCCGUCGACGGAGCACGAGGGAUCUCAUCAGGUCGGACAAGUUCGUGCUGGUGGCUACUUCGCGGGCGUGGCUGGCUGUGCAGCAUGAGCUGAUCGAGGUCGUUGUUGUUGGCGGCGACGGAGAUAGCUGGUCAGAUUGCACGGGCGCGUGGGAGAAGGUGCGCGGCGUCGGCGAGAGUGGCGCUGUGCUCGUCAGGCCGGAUGGCAUCGUGGCGUAUCGUUGGCAGGAUGGUACUGUCGUCGCGCGGGACGGCUCGGACGUGGCUAUCACAAACGUCAUGAGCAGGUUAUUGAGGAUAGAUUCUAGGUAA